AUGGAGUGUGGCAUAAGUCACCGCUUGCUCGAGGUCAAGCAAUAUCAUCGUAUGGUGCAUAUGCACGCCAGAGAUGCAAAAGUUGCAACGUUAAGGAGACAUCGCCGGAUUGUUCUGGUACACUUGUAA